GUGAUAAAGGAUCUUUUCAUAACGGACAAUCUGACUAUACAUAUUGAUGGGGAACCUUGUACUGAGAAAGAAAAAGCAAGGACAGAACGGCAAGCCAUAAGAGAAAAAAAUAUGGAUGCUUUGGAGAACGAUAUGAGCACCUUCGAGAGAAAUUCUCGGAGUGGGUAUGGACUCGUCCUCAAGUCAUGAGGCGCAUCCAAAAGGGUCUUCGAGAAGUCCACACCCUGAGCGUCCAGGACAGGGAUCAGCUGGCAAGAGGCCUUAGCUCUGUCUUCGAUGUCUGUCUGUGUGCAUAUGAAGCGGACCCAUGCAUAGGGUGCCAUGAUGAGGAGAAUGAUAGGAUCGUGAUAUCCCAAGACUCUGAUUUUUUUGCGUACGAACGAGUCUGCUUCCUAACGGAAGUUUGGGGUUUACGACGUAGACAACGUUAUCCAAGCACUAAGACUGCCAUCACACGCGCAUCUGGUGUUAUUCUGUGCCAUCGCAGGCAAUGAC